AUGCAGAAAUGGACGGUAGAAAGGAAGGAAAAAGAAUUGCCAGAUUCUGAUGAAUCUGCGAGUGAAGCUCCUGAAGGGGACGAUGAGUUAUCCGAAGGGAGACUGAUCCUGGACAGCAUGGGCAGUGCACCAGUUGCGCCCACACUGUCCUCAGAUGCUGAGAAAGUCGUGGGGACUGCAUGGAGGCUUUACACCUCCCUGCGGGAUUAUGUCCCACCCAAGUAUGCUCCUCUGUGUGAUUUUACGAUGCCGGAAUACCCCUUUGGACACGACAAAGUGUCGGAGCGUCCCCCACCCUUCACCCCAACAGCCCCCCCUUCCUCAUCUGCAUCACAGCCGGUUACUUCAGUCAAUACAGCAGAAUCUGUCCUUCCUACUGCUCCGCCAUUUGCCUCUCAACUGGGCCAGACACCGCAAGGACCGUUCCCAGGCAUGGCACCCUGGUUUUCUGCAGCUCCAUUCCCGGUGACUUCUUGUCCUGCGCCAUCGCCCAUAGCGUUCAGCUAUCUACCUCAGGCACAGAUGGAGCAGCCACCAACAAUGCAUUUCGUGAUACACCAGGUUAUGGUGGUAUUGCAAGGAGUGUCACAACAACUAACAGCAUUGAUGGAGAUGUUGCAGCAGGCUACUGCUGCUGGAUCCGUGCCAGGACAACCUGGGCUGGCCGUGCUAACCGGCCCAGCAACGGCCCCGGAAGUGGCACCGAGCGUGUCACUGACAGCUCCGGCGGUGGCACCUUUGCAGAUAGCGGUGCCGCCACAAGCUUCAACAGCCUGA